UUCCAACAAAUCAGAGGAUGAACGAUUUGGUCAGGAUGAGUGUUGGGCCGGUCCAAACCCAUCGUUUGGAUGGAAGUUAUCCUUCCAUGACGAUGGUAACCUUUCUCUACGUUCUGCCACGUGUCCUGGCGACGACGAAUGCCAAGGAAAAAGCGACAUGAACAAGAAGAAUGCAGCAGGAAAAAGCCAUACGAAGUGGAAGAUUUUAGCAGGAGUUGGUGCAGGCGUGGGUGGCUUCAUUGCUGUAGGCUUGCUCUGCCUUUUAAUAUUGUACAAGCACAGGAAGAGGAAGCAGCAUUCGACCUCUUCAAUCCUGCUUGGCCCAACUGCCUCUUCCGAGCCAUCCUCCUACAGAGACCCUGAAUUGGGCAGCUUACAAUACCAGACCCCCAUCUUCUCGUACGAGGAGCUUGAGGAGGCCACUAAUGGCUUCAGUGCCUCCAGAGAACUUGGUGCUGGUGGCUUCGGUACUGUUUACCAAGGAAAGCUCCGAGAUGGGCGUGUGGUCGCAGUCAAGCGACUGUAUAAGCACAACUGGAAUCGUGUCGAGCAGUUCAUGAAUGAGGUUGAAAUCCUCUCACGCCUUCGCCACCAGAACCUUGUCUCCCUCUACGGCUGCACCUCGCGCCACAGCCGUGAACUCCUACUUGUGUAUGAGUACGUGCCCAACGGCACUGUCGCGGAUCACCUCCAUGGCCCCCGUGCGCACAACCGAGCCCUUACAUGGCCCGUCCGGAUGAGCAUUGCCAUUGAAACAGCUGAUGCACUCGCCUACCUCCAUGCUGUCGAACCACAAAUCAUACACCGGGAUGUGAAGACCAGCAACAUCUUGCUUGACCGCGGCUUCCAUGUGAAAGUUGCUGAUUUUGGGUUGUCACGACUCUUCCCACUCGACGCCACCCAUGUGUCCACCGCUCCUCAGGGCAGCCCUGGUUAUGUCGAUCCUUUCUACUACGAGUGCUACCAGCUCACCGACAGGAGUGAUGUGUAUAGCUUCGGGGUGGUACUAGCAGAGCUUAUUUCAUCUAAACCGGCUGUCGACACCAAUAGGACCCCUGGUGAGAUCAAUUUGGCCAACAUGGCAAUUAGUAUGAUCCAGAAUUGCCACCUGGAGCAGCUGGUGGAUCCAAGUCUCGGAUAUCAGUCGGAUUGGGAGAUGAAGACUAUGAUCACCCUGGUGGCUGAGCUAGCAUUCAGGUGCUUGCAAUUAGACACGGAGAUGAGACCAUCCAUUAAGGAGGUUCUGGAUGUGUUGAGAGACAUAGAGAGUGGAGAGUACAAGCCCAAGAAAGUGGUGGAGGCUGAUGUUCCAGUGAGGGAAGAAGCCACCUUACUGAGAAAUAAUCUACCUUUUUCACCGGAUUCUGUUACGGGGAGAUGGGAAAGCAGUUCGACGACACCUCACACUAGUGAGUGAGGUACCACUCUUCUCCCCGGAUACUUGGAUUCGCUUCAUAUUGUACCACUGUAUUGAUUACUAUAGAGAGAACGGGAGAGGUUCUAUCCAUACGUUUAAUAAUCGACGAGAUUGUACAUAGGAUAUAUAGUUUCUUAUGCACAUUUCAAGGGAUAGCAUGUCAUGGAUUAGGUAGUUAGUUUCUUUGUUCUUUAUAUUCCAGUAUAUUUUGUGAUUUCUUAUAUAUAUUGCGGAUCAAUUGAUUGCUUCUAUCUAUUGAAAAAUAUAGAAGAAGUAAAAUACUCGGAUUUUCUUAAAAAAAUCAAGUUCUAUCUAGUGUAUUCUACAAAAAAUCUUAUCAACCUUCUUCAGUUGGAAGCAUAUAUGUUCAAAAAAACUGCUAGAUCUUCAUCUCAAACUUUAAAAUAAUCUCGCAAUAUUGGCGCUGCACAUUGAGAGAUAUUGAUUUAUCUUAUUUAGAAAAAAACUGACUCACAUCAAGAUACAGAGCUCAUAUAGUUGCAUAUUAAAAAUUGAAGAUAUAGAGAUCCUUCAAGUCAUUUAUGAGAUUGUUGAGUAUGUUAAAUAGUUUAACGGGUCAACUUACAUACUACCAUCUUUUAUAAUAAUAAUAAAAAAUAUUGCUCUUUUGUAUUUUUUUAACAAAUAUUUUGUAAAUAGUUUCUAUGAACUCUUUGUUCUAAUAAAAGCUGGAUGGCUUUACCUCCCCCUUCAUUAAUAUAUAUAUAUGUGUGUGUGUGUGUAAAGAUAGAGAUAUAUAGAUAAGCCUGUUUGGCUAGGAUUGAAGCGCCAUGUGAAGGGAGAGAGAACAUAGAGGUCAGUUCCCUGCUCCCAACAACUGAACUAUCCCACUGGAUUAUGCGAGAAGCUCCCAAACAGGCCCUGAAUAAGCAAUAACAUCACUAUUGGGAAGAAUUACAUGAAGAAUUUUCAUCCUGUGGAAUAUGCAGUUGCCUUCGGCUUCAAUCCCACUAGAAAUUAACAGAAAAAACAAAGGAUUUGUCUCGUUACAGUCUUGGGAUCAUCAGUUCAUCACACCACAAACUCCAGAGCACAACCACAUCGUUUAUUAGGUUUGAUUAUAUUCUUCCCUCGAAAAAUAAGGUUUAUUUAUUGACAGUUGGCUGUCACCUCACACAGCAAUAGUUUUUUUGGUGCAUCAGAAAAGUAAGCUUUUGGGAACAAAUAAAUCUCUUGCUUAUUUUGAUCUCCUCCACAAUAUAAACCCAAUAUGCUUUCCAAUAUUUUUUUUUCCGGUCAGCAUGGUCCAUAAUUAUCCGCAUUUUGACGGAGAGAUCUCCUUGUUCUUUUUUUUUGGGUAAUAGGAGAGAUCUCUUGUAAGACUCAGUUUGGAUGUCCAGUUAGCAUGCACUUCCG